GCAUUGUUAUCGGUUGUCAAUUCGCAUUCGCGCGGAGUCCGAAAACACAGAAAGAAGUGGAAAGGAGAAUUUGAAAUGAAUUAGGCUUUUAUUACAUUAUUGAAUGGUCGUGGAAUAGUUGGAUGAAACAAUAUGCUGUAUGCAAACAUAGUAGUCAUUAAAAGAAACGGAUCAGAUGGAGCUUCAUUUCCACUGACAUCAACAUCCUGUUUAUUUGGAAGGAGUAAUGAAUGUGACAUAAGAAUACAACUGCCACAAGUAGGUUUGGAACAUUGUCGUCUCGAAGUCAACGAAAAUUCUGAGAUUUUUCUUGUCAACUGCGGUAAAUCAAACUCACUCGACGUCAACAAAAAGGCAGUAAAGGACACAAUUCAGCUGAAGCAUUGCGACGUAUUCACAGUAAUCGAUAGAUCAUUUAGGUUGGAAAUACCAGAAGGUGGAAAAGGUUCACCAAGCAAGUCCAAGUCUCCCCAGAAAGCAAGAAAAAUGUCCCCGUCACCUAGUAAAAGAUCACCAUUGAAGGAAGCUAAAAUACUCACCCCUAAGGCUAAGCCACCCACACCAGCAAGGAGUUUAAAGAAGUCUGUCAGCCCAGGUUCAGCAAAGAAAAGAGUGCAGUCUCCAUCACCAGUGAGGUCUACACCAACACAAGGUCGCCAGUCACGAGGAAGAACACCAAAAUCUGUGGAAAAAACUGCCCCAGAAAAUGUUGUACCGAACAAGACUGUAGCCACACCAAGGUCUGGAUCAACCCCGGUCCCAGUAAAACAGACCACAAAAGCAGUUACUCCAAGACCAGUAUCAUCACCUGCUGGAAAGAAAACUCCCAAGUCUGCACUAAAAAGUCCCUUUGCUACAAAAACAAAUUCAAGCAAAACCCCUAGGUUGGAAAUGGUUAAAGCAAUGACACCACCAAAAUCAACAACGAAAUGGACAGCAAGCCCUAACAGAGCAACACCAAAAGCUGCCACACCAAGAGUUUCUAGUCCUAAACCAGCUACACCAAAGGCUGCAACACAAAGAGUUGGCAGUCCAAAGCCAGCAACACCCAAGGUUGCCACACCAAGAGUUACCAGUCCAAAGCCUUUGACACCCAAGGCUGUCGCAAGAGUUGCCAGUCCUAAGGCAGCAACACCAAAGGCGGCGGUCACACCAAGAGUUAGCAGUCCUAAGUCAGCAACACCGAAGGCUGUUACCCAGCGAGUUGCUAGUCCGAAGCCAGCAACACCACGUGUAGCAAGUCUAAAGCCAGUGACUCCAAAGGCUUCCACGCCACGCGUUGCUAGUCCAAAGUCUGUAACACCCAAGGUUGUCACACCAAGAAUUGCCAGUCCGAAGCCAUCAACACCUGCAGCUGUCACACCAAGAAAAGCCAGUCCUAAGCCGGCAACACCUAAGGCAGCCACACCAAGAGUUGCCAGUCCUAAGCCAGCAACACCCAAGACUGUCACACCAAGAGUUACCAGUCCUAAGCCGACAACACCCAAGACUGCAACACCAAGAAUAACCAGUCCUAAGCCAGCAACACCAAAGGCUGUCACACCAAGGGUUGCCAGUCCUAAGCCAGCAACACCGAAAGCUGUCACUCCAAGAGUUGCCAGUCCUAAGCCAGCAACACCAAAAGCUGUCACUCCAAGAGUUGCCAGUCCUAAGCCAACAACACCCAAGGCUGUCACACCAAGAGUUGCCAGUCCUAAGCCAGCAACACCAAAAGCUGUCACACCAAGAGUUGCCAGUCCAAAGUCAGCAACACCAAAAGCUGCACGACUUUCUAUGAACAAUAAUGCCAAGAAAACACCUGCAGCUAAAGGAGGUAGUCCUAAGACGCCAAAGAGUUCUGGCAGGAAAAGAAAAGUAGAGACACUUGACAGUAGUGUAGUUCCACCAUCUGCAAAAAGAAAAAGGGUGUCAUUUGGACCAAAGUUGAGCCCAGAGCUGUUUGUUAAAAAACUUCCACCAUCUACUCCAGUUAGAAGAGGAGCUUUACCACCAAGAAUAACUGAAUCCCCAGUUCCCUCUUCCCCAUUACUCAAAAGGAGAUCUUUGGCUCCACCAACAAAGAAAUCACCCAUCCGUGAAGAAUCACCAGUCAAGUCUGCUACCCCUGCAGCUUCUAAAGCAAAAUCACCAGCAACAACUCCAAAACAAAACAGAAAAUCACCAGCUAGAUCUACAUCUCCAGCUGCACCAGUGGUAAAACAGUCUCCAGGAAGACCAAAAAGCCCAGCUAAAACACCAGCACAAACAACCCCGCCUAGAACUGCAUCUCCAGGGUCAGCGAGAAAGUCUCCAGGUAGACCAAAGAGCCCAGCUAAAACACCAGCAAGCUCUCCUAGAACUGCAUCUCCAGGGUCUGUGAGAAAGUCUCCAGGAAGACCAAAGAGCCCAGCUAAAACACCAGCACAAGCAAGCUCUCCUAGAACUGCAUCUCCAGGGUCUGUGAGAAAGUCUCCAGGAAGACCAAAAAGCCCAGCUAAAACACCAGCACAAGCAAGCUCUCCUAGAACUGCAUCUCCAGGGUCUGUGAGAAAGUCUCCAGGAAGACCAAAAAGCCCAGCUAAAACACCAGCACAAGCAAGCUCUCCUAGAACUGCAUCUCCAGGGUCUGUGAGAAAGUCUCCAGGAAGGCCAAAGAGUCCUAAAACACCAGCACAAGCAAGUUCUAGAACUGCAUCUCCAGAGUCAGUGAAAAAGACACCAGGAAGACCAAAGAGCCCAGCUAAAACACCUGAACAGAAAAUCUCUGCAAGGCCUGCUUCACCUGCAACGGCAAAGAAGUCUCCAGGAAGACCCAGGACACCCUUGGCUGCUUCGCCAACUGCCACAAAAACUGACAUAUCAGCAGGAACUGUACAAACACCAAGAGCAAGGUCAGCUUCUCCAGGAAUAUCUAAAUCAGCUGGUAAAGGUCGUAGAUCAAGGUCUCCUGGUAAGAGUUCAAAGAAGUCUCCAGCACGAAGCAAGUCUGCCCCAUCUACCCCAAAAUCACCUGCUAGAAGAUCUGCAUCGCCUGUUGCAAAAAGUCCUGUUUCAUCAAAAUCACCAUCUAGAAAAUCAACCUCGCUUAAUGAGAAAACACCAAGUGCUGCAAAUACACCGAAGUCUGCAAGGCCUGCUACACCAAAAACAGUUCCUGCAAAGCAAACAUCUGUACAGUCUUCACCUAGGAGAGCAAGAUCAUUAUCACCAAAAGGAAUAACCCCUACUGUAACUCCAAGGAAAACCCCCAAAUCUGCUAGAAAGUCUCUUCCAGCAGCAAAAUCUAGCAGGCAGUCUCCAAAGUCUGCUAGAAAGUCAGUAGCAAAGAAUGCAAACAACAGUAAUUCUCUUGACUAUAGUUUUACUGGUAUAGCAGAUAUGCUAAAAACACCAAUUAUAUCAACGCCAGCUUCGGCUAGAUCAAAAGCCAGGUCAGCUUCACCUGCAGCAUCACCAGUCGUGUUGACUAAGAAUGAAACUCCCAAGACUACAUCAGUGACCAAGAAAUCAACGCCAAAAGUCGUAUCAAAGAAAACACCCAAAACGCCAAGAGGAGGCAGAAAUUUGAAGAGGAAGAGGUCUUCCCCAAUACAAAAAAAUGUGAAAAGAAUGAAACUUGGUACACCUAAACAGUCGCCACCUACUGCCAUCAGGAAUGCAGUUGCCAUGAGAGCUAUCCAUGGUAAAGCAGCUACUCCAAAGUUGAAGAGUUGGGCAGAUAUUGUAAAGAAGCCAGCUGUUGUGGGACAGAAAUCGCCAGCUAAGCAAAAAGCUAUCCCUGCUGUAAAACCACCAACUCCAAGACCUGUUACUAAGACAUUCCCAAAGACACCCAGGACAAAGGCAGCUCACCUUGCUCCUACAACAGGUCAUGCUGCAUCACCAGCAACAAUUGUGAUUGGCAAGAGGCAGAAGUUGACAAAAACCCCAAAACCUUUGCCAAAGAAAGGAAGGAAAAGUAUUGGAAAGAAGGCAAAGAAGUCAGUCGGAAGAGUGAGUCUUGCAGGUGUAAAAGACCUGUUCCUUACCCCACCACAGACCUCAGCCCCAUCCAGACAAGAAACACCAUCAUCGACUGGUACACCAGAUUCUGUCCUCUAUGCUGAUAUACCAGAUACACCCAAUGGACCUGGAGAAAUGCUUGUCUCACCUCUUUCCUCGGCCAAGUCUUCUGCAAAGAAGUCGAGAAAAAGUACAAGCCUCAUAGGUGUGAAGGAACUGUUCAAAGCCAAAAGAAGUAAAUCCCCUGCCAGUCCAACAGGACUGAAGAGAUUGAUGAAAACACCACGCAGAAAACAAGAACCAGCAAGUCCCUCAGGAGUGGCAAAUCUAUUUUCCACACCAGUAGAAGAGAAGGCUGCUCAAAAAUCUGCAAAGAAAGUAAAGACCCCAGUACAGUCUGCAAAGAAAACUCCAGCAAAAUCUGUGAAGAAAGGAAGAAGUCCAGCAAAAUCACCAGCAAAGAAGAAUUCACCAUUACCUACCAGGCGAGGUGGAAGAAAGCGAGCAGCAACCCCAGUGAAAUCACCAGCAGCAAAGAAGCCAAGAAAGGAGGAGGUUCCCACUCCAAUUCUAGACUCACCUCAACCUACCAGGGCAACAAGAAAAGGUGGACUUAAAAAGCUGAAGACACCUGCUAAGGUCACAGCUGUUAGGAAAACAGCAACUCCAGUAAAAGCAGUUUCACCAGUAGCUGGUAGAUCUACAAGAAGAAAUGUAAAAGCAAGUCCAGCUAAGGCCGUCACUCCCAAGAAAGGAAGGCAGACGAGAGCAGCCCCAAAAGUUGCCACACCAAAAGAAAAGGUCAAGACCGCACCAAAACAAGCAUCUCCAGCAGUCGGAAGGGUAGGAAGGAGAAAAGCAUUUGUACAACUUGAGAAGAUUGUUACCCCAAAAGUGGCUACACCAGAAGCACCCAAGGAAGCUACACCUAAGGUGGCUAGGGGCAGAUCAACAAGAGCGGCGCCCAAGGUAGCAACACCUAAGGCAGCUACACCUAAGGUUGCCAAGGGCAGGUCAACGAGAGCGGCACCCAAGGUAGCCACACCUAAGACAGCUACACCUAAGGUUGCAAGGGGCAGGUCAACUAGAGCUGCACCCAAAGUAGCCACACCUAAGGCAGCUACACCUAAGGUCGCCAAGGGCAGAUCAGCAAGAGCAGCACCGAAGGAGGCCACACCUAAGGCAGCUACACCUAAGGUUGCUAAAGGCAGGUCAACAAGAGCGGCACCCAAGGUAGCCACACCUAAGGCAGCUACACCUAAGGCCGUCAGGGGCAGGUCAACAAGAGUGGCACCCAAGGAAGCUACACCUAAGGCAGCUACACCUAAGGUUGCCAGGGGCAGGUCAACAAAAGUGGCACCCAAGGUAGCCGCACCCAAGGUAGCCACACCUAAGGCAGCUACACCUAAGGUUGCAAGGGGCAGGUCAACAAGAGCUGCACCAAAAGUAGCCACACCAAAACCUGUUGAGAAAUCUGCAGCAACUGAAAAAGCCAUCAGUCCACUGAAGGCAGCUACACCAGCAAAGAAAGCUACAAAAGGAAGAUCCACCAGAGCUGCCCCCAAGCAAGCAAGUCCAGUCAAAGAGGUUAAAGUUAGUUCACCAGGACCCAUACAGUCAAAGAGAUCACUGAAGACAGUUAAAACUCUGAAAGCUGCUACACCAGCCAAGAGAGGACGUUCUGCGCGUGGAGCACCGAAGGCAGCAACCCCAAAACCUGUGGAGGAAGUCAAAGUUCCAACUCCAGCACAUGUUGCUAAAUCACCUGUGAAAGCAGCUAAAAGGAAGGCAAGCCCAGUAAAAAUGACCCUAUUGAAAAAGGGGAGAGCAACUAGAGGAGGGCCAAAGGUUGCUCAGGAGGAUAAAGUCGCAACUCCAGAACCUUUGAAACCCAAAAGUGGUGCUGCUGCCAGAAAUGCAGGAAAAGGAAAAAGUCCGUUAAAAGCAGCAACGCCAAAAAAGGCAACCCCUGCAAAAAGAAGUACAAGGGGUAAACCAGUGAAAGCUUCCCCAGUAAAGGCUUCAAAAUUGAAACCAGCUAAACCUGUUGAAGUAGUGAAGGAAGCUGUUAAUUCUCCACCCAAGAAAGCAACAAGAGGAAAGGCAGUUGCUAAAGUUGCAACACCAAAAAAGGCAGCAACACCGAAGAAGGCUGUAGUGGCAAAGAAGACAACAACAUCCAAACUAACUCCUGUAGCAUCUCGGAAACGCAAGGCUGAAACUCCUGUGAAAUCAGCAGCAAAAAAACAAAAAACAUUGAAGGUUGCUACACCUGCAAAACGAGUAACAAGAGCACGACGAUAAAUUGACAAGAUAUGAUCAGUUAUUUUACAUGAUUCUUAUUUAUUUAUAUUGUACUUUUCAUCAUUGCAAAUGUUUAUUUUAUGUUGUUUCUCUUUCCUUUUUUACAAGUGAAUUGGAUGUGCAAUUGAUACAGAGUUAUGAAAAAUUUUAAGGGGAAAUAAUUAUAUACUUGUUGUUGGGUAAUGCUGUUUUCAUUUUGUGAAAUUAGAUACGUGUCUUCCUCAAAUAAGUGAGUAUUUUAGGAAAGAAAAUUUAAGUUUUAUCUUCAACUUGGUUUUAGUGUAAAUAAAUCUUUACAAUUUUUUGUUUCUUUUACAUAAUUUAUAGUGCAUUUCUCAUUUUGUAUUAUAUUUCCCACCACUUGAUCAUUAUUUCUGUUCAGUUCAUUUCUGUUUUUAUUGUUGCAGUUUUAUUUUUUGGGUGAAGUAGAUAAACUUUAUUUUCCAAGUAAUAGUUUUAAAAAAAUGAUAAGAUUUCUAAAGGAGGAUAGAAUUACAUUUCAACUCGAGCACCUGUUUCAGUGUGAUGAAAGUGAUAAUAUGGUACAGCGCUUUUAUUAGUAAUAAUGAUUGCAAAUGUGAAAGAAUUGGCUGAUAGAUCUCAUAUUGUAUUCACACUUUUAAUAUAUUCAUUAAUAACUUUAAUUUCAUCAGUUUCAUUGUACAUACCAUUUUCAUACCAAUUAGAUACAUAGAUUUUAUACUUUACAGGUAUAUGAGUCUUGCAUGACCCCAUGUUUCAAACUAAAUAUUUGUCACUAGUAUUGUGAGAUCAUAAAAUGAAUUUCCAAUAUUUAUUUUUGUGUAUCUUGUAGUCAUCUCUAAAUGAAAUAUAACCAAUAAUUCUGUGUUCAAAAUGCAAAAUAUAUUGCCAGAACAGAUUAUAUAAUUCACUUCUGUCUGUCUCUCUUCUUAUAGAUUUACAUAUAUGAUGUAUGUUUAGUUGUGUAAGGAUUUAUGUGGAUAUUGUUCAGGGCAGUAAACAUGUACCUCAUA